ACAGGUUACUUUUCCCACAUUUUUAACAAUUUGUUUGUAGUGAUUUUGACAGCAAGUUGAAACUUCUACCACGACUGUUAUGCCACCAUGAGCGUCUUCAUUGACGAAUACAAACACAAAAUAUCAAGAAAAAAAUGGAACAGUAACUGUCAAAACUGCCCAAUAACAUAAGGUUGAGUGACGGAGAGGGCAAGGAAAUUGGUGGACUCACAAUUAUUUUCUAGCAUGUCAGCUUUUCGUUGCAUGCAUAUAAGAAUUCAACGACUUGGCGGCCCCACUUACCACCACCAGACAUUUUGUUCUCUUUCUCACACAGUCGUAAAAUAUUUCUCUGAACUUCAUCAGUUGAGCCACAGAGAAGCCCUCCUAUCAUGGCAGGUCUAGCAGUGCUUGCCUGUGCCUUCAUAUCCGGCUUCUCGAUAACCUGCUGCAGUGCCCAAGAUACCAUUAGUCUAGACCAGCAACUGAAGGAUGGUGAUACUACUCUAGUUUCAGCAGGAAGGGGAAGAUUCGAGCUGGGAUUUUUCAGCCCCGUGAAUUCAAGAAACCGGUACCUAGGAAUAUGGUAUACAAACAUUAUUCCUCGGACGGUUGUAUGGGUAGCCAAUAGAGAAACACCGAUACCAGACACUCUGGGAGCUGUAAAUCUCACCAGUCAGGGAAACCUGACUCUCUUCGAUGGGAACCAGACUCUUGUCUGGUCUUCCAAUUCAUCAGGAAUAUCUCUGCAAUCUCCAGUUGCACAGCUCCUGGAUUCUGGGAAUCUCGUAGUGAAAGAUUCCCUGGAUAAUGACACUGGUGCUGUUGAGAAUCUCCUGUGGCAGAGCUUUGAUCAUCCUUGUGAUACAUUGAUUCCAGGGAUGAAGACAGGGAAGGACUUGGUGAAUGGUCUGGACAAGCCUCUGACAUCUUGGAAGAGCACCGAAGAUCCAGCCAAGGGAGAUUAUAGAAUGGAAAUAAACAUUCAAGGAUAUCCACAGGCAUAUCUCAUGAGGGGAAAUAGAACUUUAUUCAGAGUAGGAUCAUGGAAUGGUGAGCGGUUUACAGGGCUUCCUGCCCUACAGCAAACCCCAACUUUCACAUUCCAGUUUGUGUUGAGCUCAAACGAGGUGUAUUUCAAGUUUGAAACCACUGACAAUUCACCUCUGAUGAGGUAUACAAUAUAUCCCUCAGGCCUUCUCCAGCGGUACAUAUGGAACGAUCAAACGAACGACUGGAUGGUUACGGCUACAGCGCAGGUGGAUCAGUGUGAGAACUAUGCUCUCUGUGGUGCAUUUGCUGGUUGUCAAGUGUACAGAUCUCCGAUAUGCUCUUGCUUGAAUGGGUUUGUGCCACAAUCACCAACAGAUUGGAAUUCGACAAAGUGGUCUGAUGGGUCCGUUCGGAGAACACCACUUGAGUGCAGUAGAAACGAUGGGUUUCUGAAGUACGAAGGAAUCAAAGUGCCAGACACAUCUUCGAGCUCAUACAUCAGAAACAUGGGUCUUGCAGAAUGUGCAGGUUUGUGCUUGGGUAACUGCUCUUGCACUGCUUAUGCAAGUUUAGACAUCAGGAACGGUGGGAGUGGCUGCUUGAGAUGGUUUGGUGAUCUGAUUGAUAUAAGAGGAUUAGCUGAGGGUGGACAAGAUCUCUAUGUAAAGGUAGCUGCUUCAGAAGUAGCUGAAUUUGGAAAGAAACAAACUCCAAAUGAGAAGAAGAGGACGAUGAUAAUUGCCAUCUUGGCUGUGAUACUAUUUCUGAGCAUGGUAGCACUAGGAAUAGGCUGCAUCAUCAAAAGGAAAAGAGAACUCAGGAUGAAAGCAAGAGCAGAAGGAUUGAUCGUAAGGAAUAAUGAUGACAACAAAGGAGAUAUGGACUUACCAAUAUUUGAACUGGAUACAGUAGCAGCUGCAACCAAUAACUUCUCAAACAGCAACAAGCUUGGAGAAGGUGGCUUUGGACCUGUGUACAAGGGCACGUUACAAGAAGGGCAAGGAAUAGCAGUGAAGAGGCUCUCCAAGAGCUCUGGCCAAGGAUUGAAUGAGUUCAAAAAUGAAGUCAUAUUGUUUUCAAAACUUCAGCACCGCAAUCUUGUAAAGCUUCUCGGUUGUUGCAUUCGUGAUGAUGAAAAGAUGUUGAUCUAUGAAUACAUGCCUAACAGAAGCUUAGACUCUAUAAUUUUUGAUAAAUCAAGAUCCAAGCUGCUAGAUUGGCAACAGCGGAUCCAAAUCAUAGAUGGAAUAGCUCGAGGUCUUCUUUACCUUCACCAGGACUCGAGACUCAGAAUCAUCCACAGGGAUCUCAAAGCCAGCAACAUUCUACUGGAUAAGGAAAUGCAUCCCAAAAUAUCUGAUUUUGGCCUUGCAAAAACAUUUGGUGCAGAUCAAACAGAGGCCAACACUAAUAGAGUAGUUGGUACACAUGGCUACAUGUCUCCAGAAUAUGCCAUGGACGGGGUUUUCUCGGUGAAAUCUGAUAUCUUCAGCUUUGGGGUCCUAGUCCUGGAGAUAAUAAGUGGGAAGAGAAACAGGGGAUUUCAACAUCAUGACCAUGACCUUAACCUUCUAGGCCAUGCAUGGGCACUAUGGAUGAAAGGAGCAGCUCUAAAGCUAGUCGACGAAUGUCUUAUGGAAUCCUGUACUCAUUCUCAAGCAUUAAGAUGCAUUCAAGUAGCUCUACUGUGCGUGCAACAAAGACCAGAAGACCGGCCAAACAUAUCACUGGUUGUUCUAAUGCUAGGCAGUGCGGAUCCACUGUCGGAACCUAAACAGCCUGGUUUUUUCACAGCAAGAAACCCAUUUGAUAAAGGGGACAGUUCAUCGAGCAAGAACGACUCCCACUCAGUAAAUGACGUAACUGUGACAUUGUUGGCCGCUAGAUGAUAACGGAGAAAGUGCAUCCUUAACACAGUAAAACGCAGUUUUGAAUGCGAAUUGAGAUGCAUAGAAUAGAAAGUAGAAUUCCGA